CUGCGGGGCGGGGGCGGCUGCGCUGCCGCGGCUUGCCCAGGGCCUCCCGGCGCCGCGGCAUGGCGGGCGCCGCGCACUGCUCCCUGCAGGCCAAGCGUCUGCUCCUGGACCCCAAGUUCGAGGGCUACAAGCUGUCCCUGGAGCCGCUGGCCUGCUACCAGCUGGGGCUCGACGCGGCUGUAGCAGAAGUGAAACUUCGUGAUGAUCAGUAUACUCUUGACCACAUGCGUGCUUUUGGCAUGUAUAAUUAUCUUCACCUUGAUUCCUGGUACCAGGAUAAUGUCUACUAUGUUGAUCAGUUUGGAAGGGUAAUGAAUCUGUCGGUGACUCUGGACACUGCUCUACAAAAACCAAGAGAAGUUUUCAGGCUACCUACAGACUUGACAGCUUAUGAUAACCGCCUUUGUGCCUCAGUCCACUUCUUAUCUUCCACAUGGGUUACCCUUUCUGAUGGUACGGGAAGACUGUAUUUAAUUAAAUCAGGCAAGCGUGGAAACAGUGCAUCUGAAAAGUGGGAAAUUGUGUUUAGUGAAGAACUAGGAAGUCCAUUUAUUAUAGUGCACAGUGUUUCAUUUGUAAAAUCUAAUAAGCAUUCAGUAGCUGUGCUGCUGCUUAGGGUAGAAAAAGAUGAAUUGGACACGAAGGGAAGUGGAUUUCAUGUCACCUUGGAAUGGGUUACAAUUGCAGAGAUAAGCAAAGAGCAUGAUCAUAGAUAUGAGAUCUUUAAAAGAAGAGUUUUACAAGGAAAAUCAAUCCCCCAUUAUGCAGCAAUAGAGCCAAGUGGGGAUGGUCUAAUGAUUGUUUCCUACAAACCAUUCAAAUUUGUGCGAGAUGAAGAUGACAAAUUAGAAGAGGACGACAAAUUAGAAGAGAAUGACAAAUUAGAAGAGAAUGACAACGCAAAAGCAGCAAAUGAGAAGAAGGACCCUCUCUAUUACUGGCAGCAGACCGAAGAUGAUGUGACAAUAACAGUUAGCAUUCCUCAAGACAUCACUAAGGAUGACAUAAAAGUGCGCUUUUCCCCUGAUAAGAUGAGUGUUGUGCUGAAAGACCAGCCUCCUUUGAUGGAAGGAGAACUCUAUUCAUCUGUGGACCAUGAAAGCUGCACGUGGAUAAUUAAAGAGAACAAAAGUUUGGAAAUUUCUCUAAUUAAGAAAAAUGAGGGACCCCGGUGGCCAGAGCUAAUAGUUGGUGACACAAGAGGGGAAUUCAUUAUGGACUCUUCCCAGUUCUCUGAAAUAACUGAAAGCCUGAUGCAUCUUACCUCUGAAGUAAUGAAUCCAGACCCUAAAAAGGAAAACCCACCUUGUAACGCUCAAGAAUUAGAAGAAUGUGAUGCUUUUCUUGAAGAUAAUGCAAGCUUGUGUAGAUUUGAUGGUGAUACCUUGAAAGUCACUCAUAUAAUUAAUCUUGGAAGCAACCAGUAUCUUUUCUCAGUGGUUGUGGACCCCAGAGAAAUGCCAUGCUUCUGCCUGAGACAUGAUGUUGAUGCUCUUCUUUGGCAGCCCCACGCAAGCCAACCAGAGAACAUGUGGGAACACAUUGCAACUUUUAAUGCUUUGGGUUAUGUCCAAGCAUCAAAGCAAGACAAGAAGUUCAUGGCUUGUGCUCCAGAUUACUCCUAUGCUGCUCUUUGCGAGUGCUUACGAAGAGUUUUCAUCUAUCGUCAGCCGACUCCUCUGGCCACAGUUCUCUACAACAGGAAGGAAGGAAGACAAGUGGGACAGGUUGCUAAGCAGCUAGUAGCAACUCUGGAAGCCAGUGAUCCUAUCUUAGGUUUUCAAGCUACAAAUGAGAGAUUAUUUGUUCUCACAACAAAAACCUUGUUUUUAAUAAAGGUGAACUCUGGAAAUUAAUUAUUCAGUAUAUUCUGCUGCAGUUUGUGUUAACAAUUUGUUGAAGAACUGGCUAGCAAAAUGAUCUAAGAAGUUCAAUACAAUUUGCUGGGCUUUAUAAAGGAGAUAUCUUACAGGGGAACCAAAGUUUUUCAUUAGAAUUUGUCUGUGAGAAAAUUUUCCAACUUCGCUGUCGCUGAAGUAAGCUUUUUCAGAGCUGUGGGGAAACGUCUUCUGCACUAAGAGCUUUCUCAAAGCAGUUGUCAGAGGCUGCUAUCGCAUAGGUGAAUAGCUUUAUGCAUUAUUUUUUCCAAAUGACUGUAUUUGCCAUACUUCUGAGUUUUGAGAAUUUGCUUCUGUUUUUAAAUGCCACCCUUUACCUAUAAAAGUAGUCAGAUAAAAAAAAUAAAGCCUUGAAUUACAAACAUAUUAUGUGCAAAGAAGUGUGUAUAAUAAAGAAAAAAGUAAUCCUGAAUCCAGAUACUCUUGGCCCCCCAAAUUAUUUAAUAUUACAAUAUUCAGUAGAAUUAAGUGAAAUGUGAAUGAAAUUAAUGGAGUAUUAUGCUUCUUAUACAGGUAAUUCAUUCAAGUGAAAUGAUCUAAUUGUAUAUGCUGAUUUUAGAUUAUUAAUUUGGGACAUACUCAUACUUGCAGUGAAAUCUUCACAUUUAAAGAGACACUAGAAUAGCUUUUAGUAGCUUUUUCCUGUACCAAAGUAAGGGUCACUGUAUAGCUGGUGAUUACAUAUUGAAUGGUAUUAAACGUUCAGUUACACUCUCAGUUGUGUGAUUUUAAUCUCAAGUGACUAAUUUACAAUUAGUCACUGACUAACAGAAAAAGCACCUGUAACCUGAGUUGGGAAACUCAGAAGUGCUGCUUCUGCCUCAGCUACCACUGUGAAUAGUGUCAUACUAGUUAACCAUCCUGUCUGCUCAAGUCUUGAUGUGGUAUAUUUGCAAUGAAGAGUACAUGGACUAUGAGGAUCGUUCAGUUUAACAAACUGGUACGGAAUAGUUGUAUCUGAAGAUAUUAGUUUCUUAUUUUAAAUUGAUAUUGUCCAUACAGUUAAACCAAAAAGCUAUCACUUUGACAGGUUGUUGGUGUUCUAUUUUCAUAGUUUGCUUUACAAUUCCAUAGCAAAGAAUGCCUAGUAUAUUGUGUACUGGCAGGAAAGUGCUGUGAUCUGUGGUACCAAAGUGCUGAGACGUGCAAAUGCAACAAGUGGCCUAAUAGUUUGCAUCUCUUCCAGUGUUAUUUCAAACAUCUGUAAGAAUAUUUUGAGAGGAAAAGAAGUGUUCCCUUUCUAUGGAUUAACAGUUUCUUAGCUGUGAUUAUUUUGACUCUCCUUUAAAUUCUCCAGACUUGUAUCAGUGAAAUGAUUAAAAAAUACAGUGAUAAUUUGAGAGAGAGACAAGCAGUUGUGGCUUGCAAAACACCCUUCAAAUGCACAAGCAUUUAAUGAAAUCUGUUUUUUCCCUCCUCCUUACAGCAGUAUUAUUUUAUAUCCAGUAUUGAAAAGUUUUUCCUUACCACUUACCUGGGUAACUUAAAACUCAAUUUGCAAACCUUCCCUUAUGUUUUUUUAGAACUGCCUUGAAAAUGCUUUUUAAAAAGGUUCAGUGAAUGUAUUACUGUUUAAUGAUUGUUUAGCAUCUAAAUUUUCAUUGUUGGGCAGUAAUGUCAAGAACGGUGACAGAAUUCAUGCAGAGGUUCUGUAGAAAAGAUUUUAUGUGACUGAUUACUUUGCAACAUAAAGUAGAUGCUUUGAGUUUUAUAUAAAAAUUAUGUAGUAACCUGAGAUUUAAUAAUUGGGAACACAGAGUUAAGAACAUGUUAUGGUAUUUGGGGAAUGAAGGAGUGAAGGAGUGGUGAAGGAUUCAUAGACAGUGUGCAUUUCUGACCUCAGGUCUGUUGCAGGAAGCUUCAGUAUAGAUGAGAAUUUAAGCUUUUCUUUGUCAAAUUAUCCUUGCUAUGGGUUAAAUAAUCUGGAAACAUACUUCUGCUGUCUCCUGCAACAGAGGAAACAAAGUCAAGUAAAAUGGUUACCUCUUCAGAGGCUGUAGUACUAAUGACUAAAACUCAUUCUGCCCAAAUAUGUGUGUGUGUUUCAAGGGAGUUCUCAUUUGCCCCUGGGAACAUGGGGAAGAGAUUAAUCCCUUUUUCCAUGUUAUUCAUCUAUUUGCAGUCAUGGUUUUCUCAGAAAAGGUAUGUAAUAUAGUCUCUUAUUUUGCUUUUGAUGAGAGUUUAGAAUACAAUUAUUUUAAAGAUUUGUUGCCUUGAGGACCCUUACAUGCUGUUGCACAGCACACUAUCAUAAUUAAAUGGCUGCAAGCCACAGGGGGGCAGUACCUAUCAGCAUUUCCAUUUCUGUGUUCACUUAAUUUUAAGGACUAUUUGUUUAGCAUAUUAAUGUAGGCUUAUAAAAAGUAUAAAAUGUGAAUAUUUGAAAGAGGUGCACUUCAAUUUUUCUAGGAUUUUAUUUCUCAGAAUCUUGAAUUUUAAGAUACAGUACUUCCUGAGAAGUCCCAAUCACAAUCUGUUUACAGAAUUUCUGAGAAAAUAUUUGGCUGUUACAGACUUGCAUUAUUUAUUUCUAAUAUUAUUUUUCCGUGGCUGCAUUUUUUCCUUGGCUGCAUAUUUAGAAUGUAUCUUGUAUUCUUCUGCAAGUUUAAAUAAAUGGAAAAAAUGUUAAAUUUAUUAAUAAAGGGGGUUUUAUAUUA